UAUGUGGUCUAAUACAGAGUAAUAAUGGUACUAUACUACUAUUGCAAAGGGACUUGUCAAUUCAUACACACUCUUUCUCUGUCUCUCUCUCUGCUCCUUUUAAAGAAUCAUGUAUUAAAUGCUAACAAAUUCCUGGCCUUUUGUUGUUCACUGAGGAAAAUCGAAUCCAGAGAAGUUGAGAGGGGGUGGGAAUGGGUAGAAAACCUUGCUGUGACAAGAAAGGGCUGAAGAAAGGGCCUUGGACUCCUGAGGAAGAUGAAAAGCUCAUUGAGUUCAUCAAGAAGAAUGGUCAAGGAAGCUGGCGUUCUUUUCCCAAGCUUGCAGGGCUUCUUCGCUGUGGGAAGAGUUGUCGCCUGCGGUGGACAAACUACCUAAGGCCAGAUAUCAAAAGAGGCCCUUUUACCCCGGAGGAAGAGAAGCUUGUCAUUCAAUUGCACGGCAUUCUUGGAAACAGGUUUAGUUAGUUCCUUUGCAAGAGUCAACAACAAAUUUUCAUAGCAGGGAAUAAAUAUUACUAGUAAGUCAUAGUAACUGCUUCUUUCAGAUGGGCUGCCAUUGCCUCCCAGUUACCUGGAAGAACAGACAACGAGAUCAAGAACUUAUGGAAUACUCAUCUGAAGAAGCGCCUGCUUUCAAUGGGAAUUGACCCUCAGACUCACGAACCCUCAACGGAAUUUAAUGGGCUGCCGAGGCUACAUACGAGCCCCUCCACCCGCCACAUGGCACAAUGGGAAAGUGCUAGGCUGGAAGCUGAGGCUCGGCUUUCAAGAGAAUCAAAACUAUCGGUGUCAUCAACUAUCAGAGGAUCUGAAACUGACUUCUUCUUACGGUUGUGGAAUUCUGAGACGGGGGAAACAUUUCGGAAACUCAAGAAAUGCAUAGACAAUGCCUGUCAAAGCCCACCGACUUCUCUAGCGUCUUCAUCCACAAAAUGCUGCUCGACCUCAGGUACGACAACCGAAAUGGACCUUACUCUACCUGCUGCAGGGGGGGAUGAUGAUCCAGAUGGGAAGAACAGCAGAUCUAACUACAUUGAAGAUCUCCUACUAGGAGGAUCAGAAACAUCUUGUUCAAACGAGUUGGAAGAUUCUUCCGAAUCAGCUCUGCAGCUUCUGUUGGACUUCCCCACAUUUAAUGACAUGAGCUUCUUAGGACACACCGACACAUAUGACGUAUAUCCCGCCCUUUUGACUGAAAGCUCAUUGAAUGGCUGCUUAUCUGCAGAACAUUGAAGUCCCCAUCCAUCUUCUAUUUUUGAACUGGCUGGUUUUUAGUAGCUCCAGCAGUAGAAUUCUGGACCUUGAUUCUCUUAUCCCCCCCUCCCCCUCCCCCUCCCAGUAUGACGUUAUGUAAGAAUAUGCCCAAACAUCUGAUCUUGUUUUGUGGCCUAUGGCAAAGUGCUGUCUUGGUCUAAUACGUUUGAAUUUCGCAAGGGUGCAAAUCACUCCAAAAGUUGGUUUUUUGAAACAUCAAAUUGUUUGGACUCGGGGAUCUUAAGAUCUUACCAAAUGGCCAGAGUGCAACCAGGUAUCCAGCAUUCAUUCAAGAACACUUGCAGGCUAGGGGUAUUGAUGGAAUACAUUUAUAGUUACUAGGUCCAUUUUUUGUAUGAUUACUGUGCGUCUGUGCCCAAGCUGCUGCAGUUUUCCAAUCUCUGGGCUAUAAUUUAUAUAGGAUUUUAACGUUUAUGAAUUAUAAACAAUUUUGUUCCAUAUUUAUAAUUCAUCAAUAUGUCUAGCCUGAGAGCUCACUCCAUCCAGCAAUCCAUCUGAAAGAAAGGAAGAAAGAAAUCAUAUCACUUCUGUGUAUGACAGUCAGCCUUCUAAUGCCAAACACAACUUAUUGCUUAAAUGUUAUGCCA